AUGAGAGGGAGCAGUCUAGUGCAGGCGACCAUGAUAUUCUUCAUUGGAUGCCUUGCCGUGUGUGCACCGUGUGGUCUCGAUAAUGAGCAAACGGUGGUCAACCAAGAUGGUCAUGCGGCAAAAACAAGUACCAACGCUACCAUCUUCAACUCAACGUCUGUAGGCGAGAGCAAAAUUACCUUGAUAUUUUGCAGCCGCUUCUCCUUAUGCCAUUUCAAAGAUGGGCACAGUGGUACGUGCUACUGCUGCCACAAUAAGGACGGCCCGUGUUAUAGGACGCUGAGUGAGUGCCAGAACAACUGCCCUACCUGCAACCCUGAAUGCCCACCUUCGUCGGGGUCUCGGGGAUAUAAUUCUAUGCUCGAAUAA